AGCAGUAAAUCUGGUCAUCAGUAACAUACUGUAUAACUGAAUCUCUCGAACAUUAAUAGCUAACCACAUGUGAUUGUUGAAUGACUGUUUGAUUUGAUUUCACACAGGAAAUGCCGGUUAUAAAUGUAGACGAUCUGACAGACCUGGAUAAGGCUAAAAUGGAAGUAACCCAGCUCAAAGUUGAGGUGAAGCUUGAAAGGGCGAAGGUGUCCAAAUGCUGUGAAGAGAUUACAGAGUACAUUCAGGGUGGCGCAGAUGAGGAUCCUUUGGUCAAAGGCAUUCCAGAGGAGAAGAACCCAUUCAAGGAGAAAGGUGGAUGUGUCAUUUGCUAAUGUGGACAGAGGAACCCCCAACUUUUCCAGUUUAGUGUUCUUUGCUGCCCAUGGACACCUGCUUAAAUGUAAUCAUAGAUGGAUAUCCUCUCUGCUGCCUGAUAAAGGGGACAAUCAAUCACAAACAUGGAUAGAUGUUCAAAUAACUCUAAAUGGCUUUUAUAUCUUGUAAAUGAGUCCCCAGGAUCUGGACCCUCUAAUAUAUUGUUGUGUAGUGCUCUUUCAAGUGUUGUAAUAAAUUCGACUACCAUUGUGCACUGAU